CCCUUUGUGGAACUAAGAGUAAAAAGUACAGUAAGGCAGAGAGUCUCUAGAGGGCACAGUGUCAAGCUUCUCCACCCCUUAUGAGUAGACGGAUGGACAGAUGGACGGAUGGUUGGACAGACAGGGCAGAUGAUGGCUGCUCAGUCCCAGGAUGGAUCUAAGGUCAAUGUCUUCUGUAGGCCUGACCCACCCUGACCAGACAGUAUAAACUCAGGGCAGAUGCCCUGGAGAAAUCACUCGGACGUCCCAGGGACCCAGGAUUUCAGCUAUAACCAAAGGAGCACCAGUAGUUUGGCUGAGAGAGAGCACGACAAAGUGUGCUUGCACUGAGGCCACACAGCUGGUGACCUGGCUGGGCUGAGGAUCAUCUAUAUAGUACUUUGCUACUCAAAGUGUGGCCAGGGACCAGCGGUGUUCAUAUCACUUGGUUGCAUGUUUGAAAUGCAGUCUCAGGUUCCAGCCCAGACCUUGGGAACCAGAACUGGCAGGUGAUUUAUAUGUUUCCUGGAGAGUGAGAAAAACCCCAUGGCAAGAUACUACAUAAUUAAGGAUGCGGAUCAGAAGGCUCUAUACUUAAGAGGCGACCAGCUCCUGGUGGGAGAUCCCAGUGCGGACAAUUGCUGUGCAGAGAAGAUCUGCAUACUUCCCAACAGAGGCCUGGACCGCACCAAAGUCCCCAUCUUCCUGGGGAUCCAGGGAGGCCGUCGCUGCCUAGCCUGUGUGGAGACAGGAGAGGGGCCUACCCUGCAGCUGGAGGAUGUGAACAUCGAGGACCUGUACAAGGGUGGUGAAGAGGCCACACGCUUCACCUUCUUCCAGAGAAGCUUGGGCUCAGCCUUCAGGCUUGAGGCCGCUGCCUGGCCUGGCUGGUUUCUCUGUGGCCCAGCUGAGCCCCAGCAGCCAGUACAACUUGUCAAGGAGAGUGAGCCACUGGCCCGCACUGAGUUCUACUUUGAACAGAGUCGGUAGGGAGGCAGGAGGCUGAGUUCCAGGCUGAUCCCCCAAAGCAACCUCCUCCUGCUCAGGAUCUGUGUGGUAGGCAGAAUAACACCCCCAAAGAUGUCCACAUCCUAACCCUCAGAAUCUGUGAAUGCUUUACCUCACAAGGCAAAAGGACUUGGCAAACGUGAUUAAGGUAAGGGUCUUGAGAUGGGGAGACCAUCCUGGAUUAUCCCAGUGGGCCCAGUGUAACCACAAGGGACCUCACGAGAGUGAGACAGGAGGAUGAGAGCCAGAGACUAGAAAAUGCUAUGCUGCUAAUUUCAAAUGUAGUGAAUGGGGGCUACCAGCCAGUGAAUGCUGGUGGUUUCCAGAAGCUGGAAAAGGCAAGGGAAAGGAUUCUUCCCUAGAGCUUCUAGGAGAAACAAUUGAAUUUUAGUCCAGUGAAACCCAUUUCAGACAUCGGACCUCCAGAACUGUAAAAUAAUAAAUGUGUGUUGCUUUAAGCCACCAAAU